AUGAUUUACCUGCAAGUGCAUGUAAUACGGGACCCAGCCUAUAAAGUACUAUUGGGCAGGCCCUUUGACGUGUUAACAGGGAGCGUGGUCGUAAACUCUACGGACGGAGGACAGACGGUAACCAUAACGGAUCCAAACUCUGGCAGAAGAGCAAUGUUACCCACUUUUGACAGAGGAAAACCACCAGUAAUGAUGAAAAUGCACACUGAAGAGGAUCUUCAACCGAAAACUGAGAAAGUUUUUCAACCCUCGAUGAUUUGA